AUGGCCGAUAGAGACAUCAUCUACCUGUCCGCGACGGAGUUGGGACGCCGAAUCAAGUCUGGGGAGAUUUCCCCUGUUGAAGCGACCGAAGCCUACCUGGACCGCAUCGAAGAGGUGGAGCCCACGCUCAACGCAUUCAUAACCGUACUCGCCGAUGAGGCCAUGGAGUCCGCGCGGCAGGCGGAGUCCGAGAUCUCCGCAGGAGUCGACAAAGGUCCGCUGCAUGGCGUCCCUGUAGGGGUGAAGGAUCAGAUUCACACCGCAGGCAUCCUCACUACCAGCGCGUCGAAGCUCAGGGCGGACUUCGUUCCGGACGAGGACGCCACCGUCGUCCGCAACCUCAAGCGCGCGGGCGCGGUGAUAAUCGGCAAGCUGAACAUGACGGAGCUGGCGUUCGGCGACCCGAUAACCUCCGCGUUCGGGGUCACCGGCAACCCCUGGGACCCGCCCCGCAAUCCCGGGACGUCCAGCACGGGGUCAGGCGCGGCGACGGCAGCGUUCAUGUGCGCCACCUCGCUCGGAGAGGAUACGGGCGGGUCGGUACGAGGUCCGGCGGCCAAUUGCGGACUGGUGGGCCUUCGUCCGUCGUGGGGCCGGGUCAGCCGGUACGGAGUGGAUGGCGCGUCCUGGUCGCUCGACACCAUCGGUCCGAUCUCCCGGACGGUCGAAGACUGCGCUGCGACCAUCGGCGCAAUCGCCGGGUACGAUCCGCGCGACCCGUACACAUGGGACACACCUGUCCCGGACUACGCGUCGGCUCUAGGAGGCGGAAUAUCCGGCCUGAAGAUCGGUCUGGUGCGCGAGUUUACCGAUCCGGAGGUCUCCCCGGCCACGUCCGCCACGCUUGACGCGAUAAGUGUCGCCACAGAUGUACUGACCGAGCUUGGCGCUGACGUGCAACAGGUGUCGCUACCUCUCUCUCCUCUGGCGGGACUGGCGAGCCGCACCAUCAGCGCGGUCGAACGGGCCGGCCUGCACCCGGAGUGGAUUCGCGAAAGAGCGGACGACUUCCACCCCAACAUCAGGGUACAGCUCAUGACCGCAGAUCUCAUUCCCGGGAUGGUGUACAACAAGGCACAGAAGAUGCGCUCUAUGAUCCGUGCCCAGACGCUUGAGGCGCUCGAGAGCGUGGACGUGCUGCUGAUGCCGACGUCGCCCGCUCCGCCACAGGUGAUGGACCUCACGGCGGGCAUAAACACCGAACGCGAAGCCGCGUCGUGGCUUAACGACGCCAGCUUCAGGGGCCUGUUCAGCAUGGUCAGCGGCCCCGCGCUUUCAAUCUGCAGCGGGUUCACCACCGAGGACGGCGUCGAGCUGCCCCUGGCAAUGCAAAUCGCUGGAACGCCCUUCGACGAGGCGACCCUAUUGAGAGUGGCCCACACUUACGAGCAGGCGACUGAGUGGCACACGCGCAGACCGCCGAUUUAG